GUACCCGUCUACGAAUACAAUGUCAACGGCAACCAUAUUAUGCGCCGGCGCUCCGACGACUGGAUCAAUGCCACCCAUAUCCUGAAGGUCGCCGACUACGAUAAGCCCGCGCGAACGAGAAUUCUUGAGAGAGAAGUGCAGAAGGGAGUGCAUGAGAAGGUGCAGGGUGGAUACGGAAAGUAUCAAGGCACAUGGAUUCCGCUUCCAGACGGCCGGGAACUGGCAGCAAAGAAUGGCGUUCUGGACAAGCUCAGGCCCAUUUUCGACUUUGUCCCGGGCGAUAGAACUCCACCACCUGCGCCCAAGCAUGCCACCGCCGCCUCCAAUAAGCCUCGAGCACCCCGAGCACCAGCUCAGCCCAGAAGACAGCCGGGUAAGGAAGAUAUGGAUCCGCCUGCCAGAGCUGGCACUAAGCGUAGCGCAGCAUAUGCGAAUGUCCCUGAUUACGACCACAUGGACAUGCAUGAUGAUGGUACUCCAGACAACGUGACUACUGUGUCGGAUGCAUUUGACGACUUCGACCAAGCGCAGUAUACUGGCGGAUCUCGCAAGCGGCGGCGAGUAGAAGACACCUUGAGCCCAGCCGACAAGGAGCACCAACUGUGGGCGGAUGAGCUGCUGGAUUACUUCAUGCUUGCGGAUAACUCUAUGGACGCCUUACCCAAUGCCCCGGCUCCUCCGCCCACCGUUGAUCUGAACCGGCCGAUUGACGACAAGGGCCAUACGGCACUUCACUGGGCUUCAGCAGUGGGCGACAUCGAAGUAGUCAAGGACCUCAUACGGAGAGGAGCUGCCAUUGAUGUCCCGUCCAAGAGCGGCGAGACACCAUUGAUGCGGGCAGUGCUCUUCACCAACAACUACGACAAGCACAACAUGGAAAAGCUGGCUGGGCUGCUUAUUCGAACGGUCAAUAUGCAAGAAUGGUAUGGGAGCAGUGUCUUCCAUCACAUCGCUGGCAUUACACAACGCAAGAGCAAGUACGCGUGCGCUCGAUAUUACAUGGACUGCAUCCUUACCAAGAUGUCCGACCUGCUCAAUCCUGAUCAAAUUGAGCGCAUUUUGAACAUGCAAGACCAAAACGGCGAUACUGCCAUCACGAUUGCAGCGAGAAACGGCGCUCGAAAAUGUAGCACAUCCUCAAGUGUGUACAAGUCGGAGGCAGCGCUCGCGUUGACAUCUGCCAUCAUUCCUGACAUCUUCGACAAGAUGAAAUCACUUGCGAGCACAUUAGAAGCAGAAAUCAGCGAGAAAGAGCUCGAGCAGGUCGAAGCUGAACGAGUCGCGACUACGAGAGCAGAAGAACUCGACCUUCUAAAGCGGCAAAUGGACGAGCUACGAACGAAGGAAAUGGAGCAGCUCGAUGGCACAGAAGGCGACGAUCAACUUUUAGCAGAACUCGAUGCACUCAUGAAAGAAUGCGAAGACCUGACCCAAGCAGAAGACGACGCAGAACUUAAAGACAUCCUCAAUCGGGAAGAAAAGAACGAUACUGGCCCACCUGACGAAGACCUAAUGAUGGACGACGAAAACGACGACCAAGUCAACCACAAACUCGCUCUAGUUCGCGAACUGCACUCGUUGGUGGAACAACGUCGAAAGCUGUUCAAGACCAUCGUCCAGAACCUCUCAGUGGCUGGCUUAGGCGACAAGCAAGCAGAAUACAAGCGACUCAUCACAGGAGCACUCGGUGUCCGAGAAGAAGACGUCGAAGACAUGUUGCCCGAAAUCGUCGGAGAACUCGAAUGGCAUGCGGAUGCGGAUGGUGGUUUGGCGUAG